CGCGCCCGCCGGAGACGCGGCGCCCUGGCCGCUGCCCGCCGCCCGCCAUGGCGCGGGUGCUCAUCGUGGGCUCGGGGCUGACAGGAAGCUUGUGCGCUGCGCUGCUGAGGAAGGAAACGAGCAGUCCUUUGUACCUCGCUGUGUGGGACAAGGCUGGGGACUCGGGGGGAAGAAUGACUACAGCCAGCAGUCCCCAUAACUCACAAUGCACAGCAGACUUGGGUGCUCAGUAUAUCACCUGCACUCCAUAUUAUGCCAAAAAGCACCAAAGCUUUUAUGAUGAACUAUUAGAUCAUGGCAUUUUGAAGCCUCUGACUGCUCAUAUAGAAGGAAUGGUGAUGAAAGAAGGAGAUUGUAACUUUGUGGCACCUCAAGGAAUUUCUUCAGUUGUUAAACAUUACUUGAAAGAAUCAGGUGCAGAAGUCUACUUCAGACACUGUGUGACCCAAAUCAACCUGAGAAAUGACAAGUGGGAAGUCUCCAAGGAAACAGGCUCCCCAGAGCAGUUUGAUCUUGUUGUCCUCACGAUGCCAGUUCCUCAGAUUCUGCAGCUUCAAGGUGACAUCAUGAACUUAAUUAGCGAAUGCCAAAGGCAGCAACUGGAGUCCGUGAGCUACUCCUCUCGCUAUGCUCUGGGCCUCUUUUAUGAAGCUGGCACGAAGAUUGAUGUCCCAUGGGCUGGGCAGUACAUCACCAGUAAUCCCUGCAUACGCUUCGUCUCCAUUGAUAAUAAGAAGCGCAAUAUAGAGUCAUCAGAAAUUGGGCCUUCCAUCGUGGUUCACACCACUGUCCCAUUUGGAGUUGCAUACUUGCAACACAGCACGGCAGAAGUACAGGAGUUAAUCAUCCAGCAACUGGAAAAUAUUUUGCCAGGUUUGCCCCAGCCAGUUGCUACCAAAUGCCAGAAAUGGACACAUUCACAGGUUACAAAUGCUGCUGUCAACUCCCCUGGCCAAAUGACUCUUCACCGCAAACCUCUCCUUGUGUGUGGAGGGGAUGGAUUUACUCAUUCCAACUUUGAUGGCUGUAUCACUUCUGCCCUUUGUGUUCUAGAAGCUUUAAAGAAUUAUAUCUAAGAUUCAUAUCCUUUUUUGCACCUCUACUUUGGGUUUUUGUUAUCACAAUUUUCUGUUAUUGAUUAUUCUGUUUUCAAUUUGUUUGAGAGAAAUUACUGGAAAAAUUGUUCUUCAUUUACUGUCAUCUUUUACAUGGCAUACAAAAUAAACUUUAUAAUUUUGAAGGGUGCAUCCAAGGUUAGAAUGAAAAUUCCCUGUACCUUACAACUUUCUUCACUUUUCUGAAUUACCAUAACUACUCCUUGUUGGAGCAAAAGUGGUUAUUAAGAACAGCAAAUGGCCCUCCCCCAAAAUUGUAUUAAAGUAACAGUUCAAAUGCCAAAGUCCUUAUUAUCCACUGGAAAAUUUCAAUGACUUACAGUGAAUAAGCACUAUCCAGGCCUCAUUUUAAGUCUUCAAAUGUGCCCAUGGAUCAAUAUUUUUCCAAAUUACUGAACCACAAGAUUUCUUCAAACUGUGGAUAAGAGUAUAAUUUUUGUUUUUCAAGUAUCUCCCAAGACAGUAAGUGAUCCUGAAAUGUAGUUCAUACAUAGAGUCCUCAAAAACUCAUAAAAAAUUAUCACAAUGAAAAAACUAUACAUGAAAUUUAAAAUUUUUUCACCAAAAUAAACUAAUCUUUUAAUUCCAUUUUUCCAUGAAUUUUUUGAAGUCCUUGUCAUCUUCCUGGGAUCACAGUUUGGAGGGCAACAAGACUGACAAAGAAAUGCCCAUUUAAAUUUUCAGAAAAUAACAAGAUACAAUUUGACUUUCCAAGUGACAGUACUUUUUUAACUUAAAACAAAUUUCUGUCUUAAUAUGGAAGACAGAAAUUAGGGACCUGGUGCUGUGGCACAGUAGGUAGAGCCGCAGCCUGCAGUGACGGUAUUCCAUAUGGGCCCCGGUUGAGUCCCAGCUAUUCCAUUUCCAAUCCAGCUCCCUGCUAAUGCACUCUGGGAAAGCAGUGGAGGCUAGCCCAAGUCCUUAAAUUAAUAAAACUUAGACAACAGAAAUUAAAUAGAAAUGGAGAAGAAAUAUAUUGACCUUUUACCUUUUUUUGUCCCCUAUGGCUGGUGCUAUUAACUUUAUGUGCUUUUCAGUAUUUGCUGUGGCAUUUAGACUCUGUCAAGUUUAAUGAAUUUUUUUGUUGCUCAACAAAAAAUUUACUGAACCAGAAAACCGAGGCACUUAAUAUAGCUCAGUAUUUGCCAACUUAGUGGUUCAGUAUAUCACCCACAUGCUUCAGUGACUUGACCCCAUGAAUUGCUGGCUGGAGAGAAAUUGAUCCCCAGUAUUCCAAACAGGCUACCUGUUGCUAAUUAGAAAAGCAAAAUGGUAAGUUCCAUUUUAUCAUUUUGAAAGGAAAGAAAUCACUGUAGCCUCUCAAACUAAGAAAAGCUCAAUGAACAACUUCUUAACUUGGUAGUGUUUAAAGUAUCACACUUGCCUUCUCUUUCUCUCUCUCUCUCUCUCUCUCUCAUAUAUAUAUAUACACACACACACACACACAGGCAUACCUUCUAAUGGAUCUACAGAGUGAGUUUUGUGAUUCCAUGGCUUAUGACUGCAUGUUUCCUUUUAGUAAUAAAUUGGUGAAAAAAAUAAAAUGCCUACUUGUGAUUAUGUCGCUUAUUUUGAAUUCAAGGAAAGGAAAAAAGAAAUGGAUACAAUCCCUGGUACAAAACAAUGGGAAAAAUCAUGGUUGUUCUCAUUGUUAAUGAUCCAAAUUUGAUUAACAUUUGUCUUUACUCUGACUUUACCCUUAAAGUAUGGGAGAAAUGUCAUUUAAGUGUAUUUUGUUCAACAAACAUAAUUCUGAAGCCAUUUGACUGAAAGCAUCCUGAACCUUUAUGAACAACGCUAUAU